AUCUGUCUAUGCUAUGCACACUAUGGUGGUAGAAAUGAAAGUAAAACUUCUAAAACUAGUUUAACUUGUUUCAGUUGCAACGAGAGAGGAGAUAUUGAACAACAUGAAAAUCUUCACUGUUCUCCUUUGUUUAAUUCCAUAUGCAGGUGUGCUAGGAUUCCUACAGGUGCAAUGGCUGCGCUGUCGACUGACAGAUGAGUAUGUAUGGACAAAUGCUGAGGGACACAUUGAAAGUAAUAACAGCUACAGAGAUGCCGUGUUGCAGUUUGACAACUCGGGGAACAGCGCUUUGUUGUCUGACUCAAUCACAUUCCUUGUUGCGGCAUCUAAGGUGGAUAUGAGGAAGUUUGUGGAGGGUCCGGUGGAUCGACUGCAGUGUGACAUCCACAGGUACAGCAAAGGAAUGAGCCGUGUGCGCUGGCCAAGCCUGGGAGGAACGGGGCACGACAUCUGGUUCACCUGCACACUGCGGCACACCGCAGGCCUCUUCAACAUCACCACCUUCCUCAGAGUCACCCCGGCCACGACCAUGUCGGCCCACCAGCCAGACUUCUUCAGCUGGCUCACCAUCGGAGUUAAAGAAAAAAUAAGCGCCUCAGCUGUGAUGGUGCUUAUGACCCGCUCUCCAUCCGUGCGGGUGGGCCUGCAGAAAGAGACGACCCUGCACUGUCAGUUUGCCGUGGACCACAAGGUCCCUCAGCUUACAGUCGAGUGGCAUUUUCAGCGGCGCGGAGGGCGCCGGACCAAGCUGUUCAGCUACUCCAGCCGCUCAGGUCAGACAGAGGGCAGCGGGGUGGCAGUGAAGGGCAUUGCCGGGGGGGAUGCCUCCCUGACUGUGCCCAUCACCAAGGUGAGCAGUGAGGGGACGUACGUGUGUUCCGUCCGCGUACCCCCACUCAACGGGAGUGUGGACAUCGCUCUGCACAUCAUAGAGCCUCCUGAUGUUUCCUUGAUCACAAAGGAGGAGCAGAUCCCCAGCAUAGUGUGUGAGGCUAAUGGCUUUUACCCCCUGGAUGUGGAGAUUGACCUUUUCAAGGAGACGAGCAGUGGUCAACGGCCUGAGAAGCUGGGGAACAUCUUGCACUCUAGUCACCUCCAACAUCAUGACAAUACUCACUCUGUGGCAGCCUUCGUCCGGCUGCGGCCCUCCCCUCAGGACUCGGGGUGCGCAAUAUAUUCCUGUAGAGUGUCACACGUCUCCCUGCAAGGUCUGUACAUCUACAAGAGCAUUAUCGGCCCAGGCUGUUGGACUUGGAUUCAUCUGACUUUGCCUGGACUGGUAUGCCUGAUUUUUGUAAUAAUUUUCAUAGCAGUAACAAGACGGCGUUAUUUUUAACAAGACAGUACAAAGACGAUAAAAGAAAGACGAAACAAAGUCUCCACCUCCUUGUCCCCCUUUUGCUGCUCAGUGGGUCAAAUGUUUCUGGUAAGCUUCCUGAGAGGCAUGACGGUUGAGUGAUCCUAUGGUACCUUCAGGCAUUUGGAAAUUGCUCCCAAGGAUGAACCAGACAUGUGGAGGUCUACAAAAAAAAUGGAGGUCUUUUUCUGAGGCUGAUUUCUUUUGACUUUAUCAUAAUGUCAAGCAAAUAGUGUCGUGGUAAUUUCCUGUAUUACUAAGUGAAAGGAGAGUUUACAAACCACACACAAGUCAGAGUUAUACUUUAAACUUAAUCUUUUAAUAAUAUGAGCUUCACCAUAGCCCUUUGACUCUCAGGUCAAUUCAGUGCCUAUAAAUGAAUUCUGAGAUUGUCAACAUAAUGGCAACUGAGAUCUUUUAUACCAAAGAUCCACCCCUCUCAACUCACAAUGAUGAACCACAGGUCUUAGGAAAACUGCACAACGGAAGACUUUUACUUGAGAGAGGAGUAUCCCAUAGCCAGUGUCAUGACGUUGGCCUCUUUGGGUAUAGCAAGCCCAUCCCCCUCUCCCUGCCUCCCCCUUGCCUCCUUCAUCUAGGCUGCUGUGGUCAGAGGUCGUAAAUUAUUGAGAAGACCUCAUGGGCACACAGUUAUAGAGAGUAGUUUUUCAUGGAGACAAAGGAAAUCCUUCCACCUCACAGAACUUGAGGUACGAACAAAUUUCAUGUUCCGGAGAAAGUGUAAAAGAUCGGUGAAGAAUCCAGCUACGAACUGGUCCGUUUGUCACAACUUGGGAAGCUCAUGGGAGACGGUGUGGCCACAUUAACAUAACACUGUUUAUAUAAUAGCCCCAGAUAUAAGGUUUACAUCGAAUUGUUGUAUAAGAUGAAUGAGUGAGUAUGAUACUGUUUACACAAUUUUACAAUGUGAUUUUGGACUGUUUAAAGAAGGAAAACUCAAAAAGGGAAUUGGAUUUGAACUAAAUCAGAGGACCGCUCCUGAGCCUAGUUAGGGUCAGACAUCCUGGGACAGCCCUUUUCUGCCAUUCUGAAUAAUACCCAACUUUGAGAAAUUAUCCCCAGACCGAGCUUACCUCAAUUAUGAGAUGGCUAAAGGUUGCAGACCAUUGCUGAAUCUUUUAACCAUACCACGUGGUUAAACUCUUAGACUAUCGAUACCGACAGAAUGAGAACAAGUCUUUGAUAUUAAUUACUAGUCUGCAGCUAGGAAUUCGGUAUCAUUGAACGCGAAGAACGACAACCGCCGAAACAUCCAUCUAUAACGAAUGUCACUUUGAACUAUCCCCUCUAACCAAGACAGAGGGAGAGAGACGGACAAUUCUACAAAAUAAAGACUUUUCACCAGCGAUCAAGACGACACACUGAGCAUAAAUAUAUUGAUUCAUUGCAAUUGUUCCCGAAAGAGUGAGUGUUCAUGUGUAAAGGAUUAGCAUUUUAAUUGUUAUAAUUAUUAACUCUGUAGUGACUUCUUAGUCGACCCCCACUUCUCCUUUGUCUAACAAGCCGCCAUGCCGGUUCAGCCCACUAGAGCACAUUUUCCUAUAAUUUCAUGUAACCACAUUUACCAUGUUUGUUUGUUUAUGCAUUUCUGUGAAUUACUUAGUAAUAAAUAAAUUAAGACAAUUGAUGUA